AUGGCAGGUGGGAAUCUGUUUGCGAUCGAAUCUGGUCCCUGCAAGAAUAGAGCCAAGCUACUUAACCACUACACUAACAUCCUCUUUGAUAUAGCGGCAGGUUCGGCCACAUCAACAAACAUCAUCAACAACAACAACAACAUCAACAUCUUCAAAAACAUCAACAACAUCUUCAAAAACAACAACAACAUUACCAACAACAACAGCAUCAUUAACAAAAACAACAGCCGCAACUACAACUACAUCAUCAUCAACAACAUCAUCAACAACAACAUCAACAACAACAUCAACAACAACAACAGCAACUACAACAACAAACCAUUAAGCCUUUGA